AUGGCGCGCGACGCGGCGACCGCCGCCCGAUCGGACGCCCGGGAUGAAUCGAGCUUCGUGGACAGCACGGCGCCGGUCUACGCCGCGUUCGCGGAAGAUCUGAGUGGAUUCUUCGGACGGUGGACGCUCGGUGAGCGCGCGCCGCGGGCGCGGAGGCUCGGGACGCCGCCGAAGAGCGGCGACAGCGGAAGACGCGUGCGCGCGACGAGCCCGGUGCGAGAACCCAUGUGGUUGGACGAGACGGACGAGGACGACGAAUACAUGUUCAAUGAUGACGAAGGAAUGACGCCGGUGCCGGUGAGUCGGUUUAGGGCGAGGGCGGAGCGCGCGCGCGGGACGCGGACGGCGCGGCGGUUGGGGAAUUUCGCGAAAGGCGCGGCGAUGGGUUUCAAGAGGUUGACGGGUAGAGCGGCGAGAACGUUGGUCGGGGUUCUGAGCGAUCGAUCGAGCGUGUUCGAUUUCAAAAUGUUCAAGUUUUUUACCUUGGUGCUAAACGUGACGCUGAGCACGUUUGAGAUUCCGAGGCAGUUGAUCCUGAUUCCGCUCAUCAUCGCCAGCCGUUUGCAGUUCGCCCCGGAGUGGUUGUUGGCCAUGUUCGAUUACGUGCCAGAGUGGAAUAGAGCGCCGGCGGCGAAGGGGAAGAAGAAAGAGGGACAGCAGGAGAAGAAGAUAGAUUUCAAGUUUCCAAAGCUCAAGUGGAACGCGUUGAAAUCGUGGGAAAACGCCAUGCAGGUUGGACGGGAGACCCUGCGCAUAGCCGAGUCGCGAGACGUGAACCACGAGACCAAGGAGACCAAGACGCAGUUUGAGAAGUUUAUGAAAGAGGCAAGUGAGUACGACGCGGCGUGUGAGUCGACCAAGGCGCAGGAGGCGUUCGAACAAGCGUUGAAGCUUCAACCGCACAAUUCAGACGCUUUGUGUGGACUGAGCAAAGAGCUCAGCGACCGCGUGUUCGAUCACGAUAUCUUCCACAACAAGGCGUUGGCGAGAGAGUUCGCGAUACGAGCGAGCGAACACGCCGCACGCGCGAUCGAGUUGGCGCCGAACGACGCGCAGGCUUACAUUGCGUUCUCCGUCGCCAACGCGCGCCUGAGCAUGUUCUCCGAGGCGAGGCAAAAGGUUGAGCUCACGCACUCCAUCAAAGCGAAUUUAUUGAAGGCAUUAGAGCUCGACCCAAAGUGUGACUACGCCUAUCACGUGCUCGCGCGAUUCGAGCACACCAUGGCGCACAUCGGUGGGUUGAUGCGUUAUUUGAUUAAAAGGCUCUACGGCGCCAUCGAGCCGGCGACCAUCGAGCAGGCGGAGGAGUACUUCCGAAAAGCCAUCGAAAUCAAUCCCAAGCGUUUGAUUCACGGCGUGGAACUGGCUAAGCUCUUGUACGAGACUAAACGCUACGACGAGUGCCGUGAGCUCCUCACGCGAUCGCUCGAGAUGGAGAUCGAGGACGUAAACAGUCAGCGCACCAAGCUCGACGGCGAGUCCCUCAUGCGAAAGCUCACGCACAAGCUCAACCGCACCCCGAGCCGCGGUUUGAUGUCUCGCACCCCGAGCAAGCGCAGCCUUCCCAGAACAUCCUCCUCCCUCUCAUCCACUCCGCUCAUUCGCUCCGAGGGCAAGGGCAGCGGUGUAUUUACCCCGUGA